GCGAUGUAUGCGCUGACGGUGCAAGAGCCGUCAGCAACUCAAGAGGCUCUCGUCGGGGACUUCCUCGGAAACGGUCGCCAGCAGAUCUUGAUAGCCAACGGCUCGCGCCUCUCGAUCCUCGUCGUCUCGCGCGCCCGGAAGGGUCACGAGGUGAUUUUUUCGCAGAAUGUCUUUGGUAUCAUACGGCACAUUGCAAAGUUCCGCCUUGCUGGGGGCACCAAAGAUAAUAUUGUACUCUCUACCGACUCUGGACGACUUGUGACCUACGAGUAUCUGCCGGAGGAACGCCGACUGAGUCCUAUUCAUGAGGAGACGUAUGGAAAGUCUGGUAUCCGCCGCGUUAUACCGGGGGAAUACAUGGCCGUUGAUCCGAAAGGGCGGGCCAUCAUGCUGGCAUCCCUCGAGAAGAACAAGCUUGUUUAUAUCCUGACUCGGACUGGCGAGGACGUCAUCACAAUAUCCUCUCCACUGGAAGCCCAUAAGCCGUCGACUCUCGUCUAUUAUCUACUCGCGCUAGAUGUCGGUUACGAAAACCCGGUCUUUGCUACGCUUGAGCUGGAUUUCACGCAAGCAGAUACGGACCCCACCGGUGAAGCGGCCAAGGAGGUGGAGAAAGAGCUUGUUUACUAUGAGUUAGAUCUGGGUCUCAACCAUAUCGUUCGGAAAUGGUCCGAGCCCGUUGAUCGCACUGCUAACAUACUCUUUCGCGUGCCCGGUGGCGCUCAUGCUCCGAGUGGGGUGCUCUGUUGCGGCGAAGACAACAUCAGCUACCGUCGCAUACACAAUAGAAAGUCGGACGUUAAGCGACUCGCGAUCCCUCGCCGGGACGCGCCCACUGAGGACCCGAACCGCAAGCGCAUCAUUGUUAGCGGCAUUCUGUACACGCUGAAGAAAGGGGAUUUCUUUUACCUUCUCCAGACCGAUGACGGCGAUGUCUUCAAAGUAACCUUUGAUUGCACGGACGGCGAGGUCGAUAGAAUCAAGAUCAGGUACUUCGAUACCCUUCCGGUGGCGACCAGCAUUUGCAUCCUGAAGGCCGGAUUCAUUUUUUGCGCAUUUGAGUCCGGAGAUCGGGUGAUCUAUGACUUGGAAUCACUAGGUGACGAUCCGAAUGAUCCCGAGUUCGACAGCACUCAGUUUCCGGCAAACCCCUCCGACCCUUACCACCCGCCCUUCUUCCGGCCUAGACCCUUGAAGAAUCUCAUACUGUUUGAGACCAUCCCUAGCAUGAACCCGAUCAUGGACAUGGAUGUAUCAAACUUUGCCGAAGAGGAUGCUCCGCAGAUAAACACCAUCUGUGGGACAGGCGCACGAAGCACUUUUCGGACCACGCGCAAUGCACUGGAGGUCCUUGAUCUUAUCGAAUCUGGUUUACCCAGGCAGGCGACCGCCGUGUGGACGACAAAAUUGACCGUUGAAGAUGAAUAUGAUACCCUCAUUAUACUUUGUAUGAUUAGCAGCACCUUGAUUUUGAAAAUCGGCGAAGUAGUGGAGCAAGCGCAUGAGACCGGUUUCCUGACCGAGACCACAACACUUGGAGUCCAGCAAUUUGGAGAUGACUGCAUCAUCCAGAUACAUCCGAGAGGAAUUCGCCAUAUCCGGGAACUACGAUUCCCCAACGAUGAUACGGAAGGAGAGACUUCCGGCUAUUACGACUGGGAGGCUCCGGUCCACCGCACCAUAGUUGCGUAUGCGGCAAAUAACCGCCAAGUUGCCAUCGCACUCAGUUCUGGUGAAAUCUACUACUUUGAAUGCGAUUCGGACAUGUCCCUGGCCAAGUUCGAGACCGAGAUUCCCCUGGAGCACAAUGUCACAUGCAUCGCCAUACCGGAUAUUCCAGAAGGUCAAGCUCGGAGUCGUUGGAUGGCUGUUGGAAGCAGUGACCAGUCGAUACGCAUCUUCAACCUGACCGCCGACAAUGAAGGUAAUAUUCUGGUAAUGGCCUCGCUCCAGCACCUUAGCUCAAUUCCCUCUUCAUUGGCCAUCAACUACAUGAGAGAUAACAGCCCUCAUGGGUACAGCCAGUAUCUCCACAUCGGUCUUCGUUCUGGUAUCUAUAUCCGGUCGGUCCUGGAGGAGUUCAAUGGCGAGAUCGGGGACACUCGGAAGCGUUUCCUGGGACCAGCGCCCGUGAGGUUCGCACGAGUCAAUGCAGCAGAUGAGCCUGCCGUAGUGUGUGUGACGACACGGCCUUGGCUCAGCUAUGCACAUCCGCAGACUGGAUGGUUCUGCACAACUCCGCUAAACUACAUCAGCUUCGACUCCGCGGCGAGUUUUGAGGGUUCACAGUUCAAGGGCGUCAUCUGUGUCAGCGGAGCAGAAUUAAGAAUCUUCAGUAUCAGCAACCUUAGCAGCAACACAGUGACGCAGUCGAUCCCACUUCAAUAUACGCCGCGAAAGAUGGCCGCCUCUCCGGAAGCCCGUGUCUAUUAUGUCAUUGAGAGCGACAACAACACUAUCGAUCUAGCCACUCGAGAAGCGCUUCUCGCGCGCAACGGGGAAGAUGCUGAAAUGGAUGGCGACUCCACGAACGGGGUCAAGGCGCUACCAGCGCCCCAGUUUGGACAUCCAAAGGCGAACGGUCUUUGGGCGUCGUGCAUUCAAAUAGUGGACCCCGUCCAGGAGAACGCAGUCAUUCAGACCCUCGAGCUAGGGAGGGAUGAGUGCGCGGUCAGCGUUGCUCUGGUUCCCUUCGAAAGCAGGAAUGAUGAGCGCUUCCUUGCAGUUGGUGUAGCCGUCGGAUUAAGCUUCGUCCCUUCGUUGAAGUUCAAGUCCGCCCACAUCUAUCUAUACAAGGUCUCAGACGACGGACGCUCACUCGAGUUUUAUCAUAAGACGGACACGGACGAUUUGUGUCUUGCGCUCCUCGCUUUCAAGGGGAAGCUAAUGGCUGGCGUGGGUAAGAACCUCAGCAUGUACGAUAUCGGCAAGAGGUCGCUGCUCCGCAAGGCGCAUACGGCCAACUGUACGACCACGCGAAUCACCGGCUUGACGACGCAGGGUAGCCGCCUCGUCGUCUCGGAUCAGUCCCAGUCGGUCACGUAUGUUGUGCACAAGGAGCUCAUUCAUCCGAACCGCCUGAUUCCAUUUGCCGACGAUACCGUUUCCAGAUGGACCACAUGUGCUGAGAUGGUUGACUACGACACCGUCGUCGGUGGUGAUAAGUUCGGUAAUCUGUGGAUGGUGCGUUGUCCACCUGACGUCUCCCACGCUUCCGAUGAGUCAACGGACGGGCAACAUCUGAUCCAGGACAAACCGUACCUCAAUGGUACACCGAACCGUGUCAACCUGGUCAUGCAUUACUACGCCAACGACAUCCCCGUAGCUGUCCAAAAGAGGGCGCUGCUCUACGGUGGAGAAAAAAUCGUCAUCUGGGCGGGGUUGCAAGGCACGCUCGGCAUCCUGGUCCCCUUCCUGUCCCGCCGCGACUUCAAGAUGAUCCAGGAGCUCGAAAUGACGCUUCGCAGUGACAAGGAGCACAAGAUGAUCUCGGGUCGCGAUCACCUGGCGUUCCGAAGUUACUAUAGCCCGGCCAAGGGAGUCAUUGAUGGGGAUCUCUGCGAGACGUUUCUGACACGCAAGCUGCAUGAAAAGGAGGGUAUCGUCGCCAGGUUGUCGACUCCCGGGGCAUCGGUGGAGAGGGUAGAGGAGUUGCUGUGGAACAUGAGGGCGUUGUAUGCUUUCUAAAGCUGGAUGGAUGAUGGGUUGGGGAUCCGUGUAGGAAUUAGCAUCGGAGUUUGGGCAGGGAUUUUUCAGGUUAAGAUGGGAUGGAUGGACAUUGGAUGGUGUGGUGUCGCGGCGAAAAUGGUCCAGGGGAUUCUGUUUCCGGAGUCCGCAGUCUAGCUAAUGAUCCUGUUAUGGGCGUCUGCAAGGCAUGGAGCGGUUACGUUUAGGUGCUGGAGAUGAAAGAAUUGAGAAACUAUGU